AUGGCAACACUUAAAAAAACUUUACAGGAAAAAUACUGUGUGGAAUUUGAAGUUUUAAGGACUUCCAAGGCUUGUCACAAAUUACCGCCCUACAAUUUAUUGAUAGAAGGUGAUCGCAUAGUAGUACGCUGUGACGUGGAAGCUUUCAUCCAGGACUUUGCUGCCUCCACAGACAACAAUCUAACUUCAUCAACUUUAAAAUCUAAACAUCACAAUGACUCGUUAUACAAUAAAAUAGACUUAGGCACCAGUUCGACGGAGGAGGAUUUAAAUGACAGUGAUGAAAAUAUGAUUGACAAUAGCAGCAGCAGCAGUAGUAGUAGUGAUGAACAUGAUGAUUACGAUACGGCCUCAUUAACGAUUAAAACUACAUCCACUACUACCACAACAACGACUACAACUACUACCACACCUUAUCCACCGCCACAAUCUAUACAGUAUCAUUGUCGUGGCGAGGGUUUACCCGGUCGCACUACAAGAUGGAGUGCUUUGGCAGCGCCCUCAUGCCGAGGCAAAUGGUUAAGAUUGACUCUGGAUACACCGAAAAAAUGUACACAUGCACAGUUUAUAUUCGUUUAAGGCAGAGCGUAAGCGGUAGAGCAAGAGUGCUUAACUAGUUUUUUGUACAAUUAGUUUGGAAAAAAAAAUUAUAAAAAUUUACUAAUAAUUUCAUUAAAAUUUUAAUUUUUCUUAAAAUUUUUAUUAAAAUUUUUAUAAAAACCUUAAAUUGUCUUAAUUUGAAAUCAUAUUUAGUAGUUAAACUUUCUUAAACUUUUCUUUUCCUAGUUUAACUAAACUUGGUUAAAUUGAGUUUAAGUCUUAAAAAUGUUAUCAAACGUUUUUAAACAUUCCUAAAACCUUUAAACAACAUAAAUUUUUAGCAGUGAUGCCAUAUUUUUGCUAUUUUUAAAACUUUAUAACAAAAAUAUGGCAACCCCGAAAUUUAUAUUUUUACCAAAAUGUUUAUUUUUUAUCCCUAUUUUAUAAAAUGGGCUUAAAUUUAGCUAAACUUUAAUUUAAUGAUUUAACCUAAGCCUAGUUUAACAAAUUUUAAGACAUUCUCUAAGACCAAAUUUAUUUAAAAGAUUUCUUAUCAUCCCUAAAGUUUAGGGCCUAAAUUCAAUUUAUGUGGGAAAUUCUUUAAUUUUGGUCAAAUAGAAGAGUUUUUUUACAAAAAUUCUGCGAAAAAUAUGACAACACCCAAAAAAAUUUGUCAUACAAUUUAAGGACUUUUGAUGAAGUUUCAUAUUAUGGGGUUAUAUUUCACUAAACUUUGUUUUUGCAAGUUUAACUAAACUCGUUUAAUCCAAGUUUAAGUUUUUAAAAAUCCAGAAUACGAAUGUUUAAUGUAUGCAAACAUAUUUUAUAAUAAAAUUUUUUUAAUUUUUUGCAUUAUUUAAGAAUUUUUACGCAAAAAACUGCUAAUAAUAUGGCAACACCCAAAAAAUUUUGUCAUACUAAUUAAAGACUUUUGAUGAAGUAUCUUUUUGUGGUAAAAUUUUGCACUAAUCUUAGUUUUUUCAAGUUUAACUAAACUCGAUUAAAGCAAGUUUAAGGUUUAAAAUCCCAAGUUUAAGAUUCUUGGAUAUCUGUAAUAACAAUAAACAAUAUUAUUUUUUUAUUCAAAAAAUUAUUUGGUGAUUUUUUAUUACAAUUUGUUUAAAUUUCCA